UGAGAGAGGCUGAGGGACCAUCGAGAUCCGCAGUUCGCCCCCGUCCUUCAUUCAUGCCCUCUCCCACUCACUCAAAUGAAAUGACUCCCAGCAAAUAAAAACAACUCAAGAAAAGUCGCUAGUAACAGUCACAUAUACACGCACAGUCUACAACUAUUUGUCUUUCCAUUUUACAAUUGCAAUUUCAGACCGAUGAACUGAUCCAUCAUCAUCUAUAUAUGCUCUAUAUAAAUACAACACCUUCCACUCUUUUCCUCUGCCAUUACUCAUUCACUCACACUCUUUUCAUCUCUCCUUUCUCCUUUCCGCCAUCACCGUCACCAUGCGGUCAUCAUCGUCAGGUGGCGAAGACACCAGAAAUCUCUACAGCAAUAGAGUCUCUUCUUCGUCGUCGUCCUCAAAAUCGUCAUCUUCGUCUUCAUCUCUCUCCCCCUUUUCACCUUCAACCCACCUCCCAACCCCUACGAGGAGAACCAUGGAAGAAGUAUGGAAAGACAUCAACCUCACUUCUCUCAAUGACCACCCUGCAGCUGCCACCGGCACCAGAGAAUCAACCCUUCCCAAAGGCACCGAAACUGAUACUACCAACCUCCGCGGUAUGAUUUUUCAAGACUUCCUAGCUCGACCCUUCAACACUACUGAUCCACCAACAAGCGUUGUCUCCGUUAAUCCCACAACUUCUUCUGAUGUCACUGCCUUCGCUUCUCCACCACCACGGCCCCCUACCGUCUUAAGUUUGAAUUCGGGCCCAGAAUUUCAUUAUCUUGAUAACACUGAUUCGUUGAGGCCACACUCGCAAUUAUAUGGCUCUGGCAAUGCAGCUGCUACACCCUUCUUUCUUCCUUCCUUGAACGCUCCUUUUGACUCUUUCGGUUCUUCUUCGACUUUUUCUCCGCUUUGCCGAAAAAGAGUUCCGGACACUGAAGAAAAUUCCGGAGAUCGACGGCAUAAGCGCAUGCUCAAGAAUCGAGAAUCUGCUGCUCGGUCUAGAGCCAGAAAGCAGGCUUAUACAAAUGAAUUGGAGUUGGAAGUAGCUCAUUUGAAGGAAGAGAACGCGAAGCUCAGAAUACAGCAACAACAGAUAUGUUUAGCGGCAGCUGCUCAACUUCCCAAAAAGCAGGCUCUCUAUAGAACGUCGACAGCUCCGUUUUAACAAAGCAGCCUUUUAUCAGGGUUUUUCCUUUCCAUCUCUUUUUUCUUCAUAUCUUUUCUUGUACUUAACAGAGAGAGAGAGAGAGAUGGGGCUUAAAUGUUCUGUAAGAGAAUAUCAAUGUCAGGGCUGUUAAGAAAGAAGAAAGCCGCAGAUAGCAGGUAGGUAUUUUGAAUCCGAGCAGUAGGAGCUUUGGUGGGCCAUACCUUGUAAGUUUGUAUUAAAUCUUUUCCUCGUCUUUUGUCUAUCUAAUUAAUAAUUUUCUUCUUGGUAUUGGAGGGUGGGGUCUAGGGCCAGGGGGAGUGAAGAUGGGAAGAGGGGGGAGGGAGUGGAUGAGAUGGGGAAUGGGAGACCAGAGAGACCACAUGCUUGCUUGCGUAAAGAUGUACAGUAUAAAAGAUGGGACAUGUUGGCCAUCACAAUCAAGUAUCUAUCAUCUUCUUCGUUUUUCUUCUCUCUUUCCCCAUCUUCCACUCUCACCCAAUCCAAGUUCUUAUCUUCCAUUAUUACAUCCAUUUUUUAUAUGUUUGAUAGAUCCGUUGUAAGUUGUAACAUCCAUUGAUGCUGUAUUUCGUGGGUCUUAAUCUUUAUGCUACCUCAUAAAAAUCCUUUCUAAUUUGUUAAGUUUUCGUCUCUGUUCACCCCAGUUAUCUUUUAACGUAUGCAAACGUUUCAAUUUUAGUUCCGUCGUUACGAGUCGAGUCUCCUCAUAGCACAGGCCAAUAGACAACACAUCAGCCUAACUAGGCCCCACAAGUCGACACGUGGGCGUUUGAGUUGAACCAUCUAUAAUUAACGACUUGAUAAUGACAUGGGAGAAGUAAUGCUGUAGACCGUUGAGUUCCAACCUCCAACGCGAAGAAACUUCUGUGCUAUUUCAUCCUACGGAUGAAAUUAUAUUUCAUGUAUUGCUUUGUGUUCGUUUUUGUAGCUACAUUUACAGAGCAACUAUUUUCUACUGCCAA